CGUAGUUUAAAUCUCUAUAAAUUUCCCGUUGUGUGCCGCUCUCUCCAUCCAGGGUUCAAGGGUUCUUCCUCCAUUCCUAGAGACCCUUCCUCCUAUUGUUCCUCAGAAUGAGAAACGCGCUCCCGAGAAGCCCCAAAACCGAGAGGCAAUCCCUCUUCUUUCGAGACCUCGCCUCCCCGGUCUCCGCCCACCGCAGCGGCGCCGCCGGCGGACGCUUCGCUACGCCUGGUCAGGCCGCUGCCGUCUCCGCCCUCUGGCGGGAGAAAUUCGGCGCUUCCGACCCCCCGCCACCCCCUGUCUUCACACUUGAGGACCGUGUCAAUUGCUCCCCAGAGCCCGGCCUCGCCGACUUCCCCGCCUCCCCGGGGCUCAAGACAGAAGACCGAACCCCGCCGCCCGCCCUCGGCUACCUCUCCUCCCCUUCCCCUCUCAAUAACCGGGCAGAGGCGAGCAAUUCGGACGCCGUCGGUGGGGGGUUGCGCGUCUUUCAACAGCAGAGGCCUGGGAGCUCGAGCUGGCGGUCUCCUGCCAAGGGCGGCGGUGGUGGGGAGCUCGAUGACAAGGGGAAGGGCUCGCCGGUUGAUGGCGUGGUCCAUCAGGGGGCGUUGCUCAUCCUGCCGCCGCCAAGGGAGGUGGCGAGGCCAGAGUUGCAGAGGAAUAACUUGCCUGUGGGAGGGCCUGAUGAGGAAGAGUGGGUCACGGUUUACGGAUUCUCGCCUGGUGAUACAAACAUGGUAUUGCGAGAAUUCGAGAAAUGUGGAACCAUAUUGAAACACAUACCUGCUCCAAGGAAUGCUAACUGGAUGCAUAUUUUAUACCAGAGCCGAUAUGAUGCCCAAAAGGCUCUUGCAAAGAACGGUGUGCAGUUAAAUAGCAUUCUCAUUAUUGGGGUGAAGACUGUGGAUCCUCAGCAGCACCAGUAUCUGAAUGAGAGUCUGAACAGCAGCUAUCAUGGGGGUUUCAUGGUUUCCUUGCCCUCGGAGGCUACGGCUGGGAUGAGCUCUGCUCCCAGGAGCCAGUUAGGUCCCCCCUCUCGCCCUUAUCACCUACAGAAUGGCAGCACCGCCGCCACCAAGGAUAGUGAGCGCCGUGCGGGAGCCAUUGCUUCCCCGAGAAAGUCGAUUGUGUCCAAAGUUAUGGACUUGAUGUUUGGCUUAUGAAUUAGGAUAUAUGAGAGCUUUGCUUUUGAAGCUAUCCGAUCAAGUCUAUGUCAGAAGGUAAUCACACUUCUCCUCUGCCUACACGCUUGCGGAAACAAGCAGCCAAUACCCUCUCAAAUUUGGAAGUUUCAUCUUUUGCUGUGUUUGAUUGUCUGAUGAGUGCACUAUUGUUGCUAGUUUCAGAUCAGUUGCUGCUGAGAUGCAUCAAAAAUUUUGUACCGUUGUAUUUCUUCUCUGUUACAGAUAAUCAGAAUUAUUAAAAUGUUUUGCCAGAGCAUUAAUCUCUAUAAUUACCGUUGCACCCUAUAGGGUCUGUUUUGGUUACACUAACCAAUAAAAUCCGGUCUGUGGUCUGUAGCCAGUGCUUAUAAAAUUGUGGGUUAUCCUUCAUUUUGUUAAAAGCCGUUGUUCGGCAAAUAGUUCAAAUCUGGGUGUAGCUUUUAGAGAAAAAAGGAUCUGUUUUGCUUGGCACCUAGAAUGAUGCAAUAGUAGUUCUCUUCUGUUCUGUUACAAUGAAUGCUUGUUGAGGAUUGGUGUGUAGGCCUCGAGCCUCCAUAAUGAUCUGGAGUAUGGACUGUACUUAAUACUUCUAAAAUUUGCGGACCAUCAUCUUUUUAUCA